GAGGUCUUAUUUUGGAAGGCAUGUUUCCUUUUAGUAUCAAGCGCUCCCAUUGGUUGCCUUGUUGACCAAUGACCUGCCUUGUUGGUCACGUUGUUCCGGGCCAUGUGAGAAGUUGCUAACGCUACCAGCAAGCUAAAGAAAAAACAUGCUCCGCAGAGAGGUGAGGUUGAGACGGGAGUAUUUGUUCCGAAAGGCACAAGAGGACAGACUACGAACGAUUGAAGAGAAAAAACAGAAGCUCAAGGGGGCUCUCGAUGAAAACCUGGUCCUGCCAACGGAGGUACGCAAAGAGGCGUUGCAGCUGCAGAAACUCCUGGAGUACGAUGACGACGGUGCAGAAGGUGUCAGCUCGCACAUGGACGACGAGUACAAAUGGGCUGGAGUUGAAGACCCUAAAAUCAUGGUGACCACGUCCAGAAAACCCAGUUCCAGACUCAAAAUGUUUGCCAAGGAGGUGAAGCUGCUUUUCCCUGGAGCUCAGCGCAUGAACAGGGGGAACCACGAGGUCCCCGCACUUGUCCAGGCCUCCAAAGCCAACAACGUGACAGACCUGGUGAUUAUUCACGAGACCAGAGGACAGCCAGAUGCCUUGGUGGUGUGCCACCUGCCAUUUGGACCCACCGCCUACUUCACGCUGUAUAAUGUGGUCAUGAGGCACGAUGUCCCCAACAUCAACACCAUGUCCGAGGCCUACCCUCAUCUCAUUUUUCACAACUUCACAUCUCGGCUCGGCAGGCGGGUGAGUCAUCAGUCGUGCUCUUCCAUAAACGCCGCUGCUGUCCUCUCCGAGCCUCGUUUUUCCAUCUUCCUCACUAAGGUGUCCAACAUCCUCAAGUACCUUUUUCCAGUGCCCAAAGAGGACAGUCGGCGUGUCAUCACUUUUGCCAACCAGGAGGACUUCAUCUCUUUCAGACAUCACACCUACAAGAAAACAGACCACAAGAACAUUGAGCUGACAGAAGUGGGGCCGAGGUUUGAAAUGAAGUUGUACAUGAUCAGACUGGGCACUAUGGAGAACGAGGACACGGCGGACGUGGAGUGGCGACACCACGCCUACACCAACACCUCCAAGAAAAGAAAGUUCCUCAGUGUUCAAUAGGCCGAUGAAUCCUGAUGGUGAUGUGCAGGAAACACAUUCUUACAAACACGUCUGACCACUUUCAUGCCUUCUUCAAAUAAAACAAUGUCUUCAAUUACA